AUGGCUUCUUCGACUCUGAGCAGCGGCGAAAGAAACGAGAUUGCGUUUUUCGACCUUGAGACAGCGGUUCCGACAAAAUCGGGGAAGCCAUUCGCGAUUCUGGAGUUUGGUUCUAUCUUAGUUUGUCCUAGGAAGCUAGUUGAGCUCUAUAGUUACUCCACUUUGGUUCGACCUACCGAUCUUUCUCUCAUCUCCACGCUCACGAAGCGGAAAAGCGGCAUUACGCGCGACGCGGUCCUCUCUGCAUCCACAUUCUCCGAAAUCUCCGGUGAUGUUUACGACAUUCUCCACGGAAGAAUUUGGGCGGGACAUAACAUAAAGAGAUUCGAUUGUGUAAGAAUAAGAGAAGCAUUUGUAGCAAUUGGUCAAUCUCCACCGGAACCUAAAGCUAUAAUCGAUACGCUUUCAUUGUUGACUCAGAAGUUUGGGAAGAGAGCUGGUGACAUGAAGAUGGCAUCACUUGCUACAUACUUCGGGUUAGGAGAUCAAGCUCACAGGAGCUUAGAUGAUGCCCGGUUGAAUCUUGAAGUUCUCAAGUACUGUGCAACUGUCUUGUUUCUGGAGUCUAGUGUUCCUGACAUUCUAACAGAAAGGAGCUGGUUUUCGCCAAGGAAAAGUCCGAGAACACGCAGCAAUGAGAAGUCAUUGCCUGAUGGAGUCAGUGAAAGCUCGAAUUCUUUCUCCUCGAGCCCUAAAACUGAUCCAAGUUUGUCUUCUGUGGAUGCCACAACCGAAGAAGUCCAUCCCAUCGUUUCUCUUCUGACGGAAUUCUCCGAAAGUGAAAGUGAUACAUCUUGUAGUGAAGUAGACCAAUCUGAUAUAACCACGCUAAUAAGUAAACUACACAUUGGAACUCUUCAGACAGAUGCUGCAGACGAAGCAAAAACUGUAAUACAGCAAGAUGAGUCAACUCCAUCUCCUGAUGCCAAAGUUGAAUCAUUUUGGGGAGUUGAUGAAGUUUCUGUUUCGAGCAUCACCGCAAGUCUUAUCCCGUUCUAUCGUGGGAGCUUGAGAAUGAAGCUGUUUCACAACGAUGCCCCUCUGCACCUCUGUCGCUACAGCUUGAAAGUUCGGUUUGGAAUAAGCCGGAAGUUUGUGGACCAUGCUGGUCGUCCAAGGUUGAAUAUUGUUGUCGAUGUACCUCCUGAUUUAUGCAAGAUCUUGGAUGCAUCUGAUGAUGUUGCACAUAACUUAUCAAUUGACUCUAGCACAAGCUCAGAUUGGAGGCGAACCAUAAUGAGGAAAGAAGGCUUUGCCAACUAUCCAACAGCCAGACUGCAAAUAAGCUCAGAAUCCAAUGGAGAUGAUGCCAGAUGUGGAACCCAGGUUUACCAGAAAGAAGAAUCUUUGGAAACCAUUCAAAAGCUUGAUUUCAGUACCGAUGAUUUUGAAAACCUCGAGUCAGCAUUACUUCCUGGUACCUUGGUUGAUGCCUUCUUCUCACUUGAGCCCUACGAUUAUCAGCAAAUGGCAGGGAUACGUCUAGCAGCCAGAAAGUUGGUAAUCCACUCGAAGAAAUGA